AUGGACACCAAGGAUGGUGCGUACGCCAACGACCUCAUCCCCAGCUCAAAGGGCCUCACCACGGCCGAGGCCCAAGCGCAGACAAUAAAGUGGGGCCGCAAUGAGAUUCCAGAGGAGAAGGAGCCGCUGUGGAGGAUGUUUGCGAUGCAGUUCGUGGGCACGAUGCCUGCCAUGAUUGAGAUCGCGGGCCUCCUCGCCUUCCUGCUCAAGUCGUACGUCGACUUUUGGAUCAUCCUCGCGCUGCUUCUGACCAAUGCGACGCUCGGCUUCAUUGAGGAGAUGAACGCGCAGGCCUCCAUCUCCGCUCUCAAGGACGGCAUGAUCCGCAAGCUUCCCACAAAGCGCGACGGCAACUUCACGCCUCUGGACAUUGCCGAGCUCGUGCCGGGAGACGUCGUCUUCCUGCGUGGCGGCAAUGUGGUGCCGGCUGACUGCAAGUGGAUCGAGGGCGACGAGCUGCAGGUCGACCAGGCGGCGCUGACCGGUGAGUCGCUGCCGGUGCAGGUGCCGCGCGAGGACUCUGACGGCGAGCCCGGCUCGGGCAAGAAGCUGUGGUCGGGGUCCGUGCUGAAGACGGGCGAGGCGGAGUGCUUUGUGACGGAGACGGGCGUCCACACGAUGAUCGGCGAGGCCGCCAAGGCCAUCCAGGAGUCGGGCGGCAAGCACGUUGGCGUGUUUGAGGGCAAGAUCAUCCUCGCCGGUCGCGUUCUGAUCGUGCUGACGCUCAUCGCCGUGGGGUCGCUCCUCUUCUACCAGGUUGGCAUCCGCGGCGUGCCGCUCGAGGAGGUGCUCGAGAUGUCGCUCUCGCUCGUCAUCGCCUCGGUCCCCAUCGCGCUGCCCAUGGUGAUGAAGGUCACCCUCGCCGUCGGCGCCAAGGAGAUGGCCAAGGAGGGCGGCAUCGUCACCCAUCUCACCGCGCUCGAGGAGAUCGCCUCCAUGGUGGUCCUCUGCUCCGACAAGACCGGCACCCUCACCACCGCGCAGAUGACUGUCUACCACGACACCGCGGCUUGCUUCAACGGCUUCGCCGGCAAGGAGGUCCUGGAGCUGGCGGCGCUCGCGUCCAACCCGGCCAACAAGGACGACGCCAUCGACCGCGCCACCUUCCAGGCCUACGCCAAGAUGGUUGGCUGCGGCAGCGAUGUCGACGCGGCGGCGGAGAAGCUCAAGAAGAAGUGGGCCACCGACAAGUACUUUGGCUUCAACCCGACCGUCAAGCGCACCGUCGCCGACGUGUCGCAGAUCGGCGGCUCCCGCAAGAUGCGCGUCGCAAAGGGCAUCGUCUCCAAGGUGCUCGGCGGCAAGGCUAUCGAGGGCGACGGCGGGCAGCAGUGGACGGUCGACGACUUCGUUAACAUGAAGAAGGCGGUCGAGGAUGCGGACUUGACCUUUGGCAAGAGCGGAUACAAGACCAUCGGCGUCGCCGUCGCCAUUGACGGCGGCCCCAUGAAGUACGCCGGCACGCUGCCCAUCAUGGACCCGCCGCGCGUGGACACGGCCGACACGAUCGCAAAGAUCAAGAACGCCGAGGUCGACGUCAAGAUGAUCACCGGCGACCACCUCAACAUCGCCAAGGAGCUCGCACGCCAGAUCGAGCUCGGCGUCAACAUCCAGCCCAACACCGCGCUGUGGCCUGCCUCUGCGGCGCGCGACGACCUCAUCCUCCACGCGGACGGAUUCGCCCAGGCAAAUGCCACCCAAAUUGUGAUGCCCACCGACAAGCACGAGGUGGUCGCUGUGCUGAUGGGGAUGGGCAAGGUCGUCGGCAUGACCGGCGACGGCGUGAACGACGCGCCCGCGCUCGCGAAGGCGCAGAUCGGCAUCGCCGUCGAGGGCGCGACCGACGCGGCGCAGUCGGCCGCCGACAUUAUCCUCACCCGGCCCGGCCUCUCGCCCAUCUUCACCGCCAUCGUCGAGUCGCGCAAGAUCUUCAAGCGGCUCAAGUCGUACGUCAUCUACCGCAUCUGCGUGACGGUGCAGGUGGUCGCCUUCCUGUGCGUGGUCUCGUUCGCC